AUGCCACACGUACAAGGACAUUCUUCAACAACUUCGGGUCUAUUCAUAGACAAGCACCAGCAGGGAUUUGUUCUCCCUCGUCUCCCUACAGCUACAAAUUUUCACCAUUCGGUUACAGACCCCAAUAUGAAAAUUAAUAAAUCACAAAGAACGUCAUCCCAGCCAAUCAAGUGUUUGCAAAUUAAUUUGCAACACGCAAAGGCUGCAACAGCCCAAGCAACACAAUUUGCUGUUGAAAAUGCAAUUGACAUCAUUUUUGCACAGGAACCGUAUACACGAAAUGGAAUGACAAUGGGAUUCCCCAUGCACUGGAAUAUAUAUCAAAAGGUAGAUAUCAAUCAUCCGCCACGCGCUAUCAUAAUAUGCUGCAACACAGAUUGGUCUCCCUCAGUUAUUACUAUGGAAAGAGAUAGUUCUGCCAUCCUCCUUGAUUUACGGUCUCUUACAGUGGUAUUAGUAUCCCAAUAUUCACCCCCAUCUGAGGACUUGAACCCGGUCACACAGUCAAUUCAAAACUUACUACAACGUAUCCAUAUCUCCAACAUGGUCUUCGCUGGGGACUAUAAUGCGCAUAACACAACAUGGGGUUAUGCUGUAACAAGUCCUAAAGGAAGAGAUUUAGAAGAUUUUCUUUCCUCAAAUAAUUUUGUUCUGCAGAACACUGAGGGUGCUCCUCCAUCAUACGAUAGAAUUUACGCUCACGGUUGGCCAGACCUCACGUUUACAACAACUCAUGCAACAAACCUUAUCCAGGACUGGAAGGUUGAAGACGCGAUAAGUUUAUCAGACCACAAAUUUAUUACUUUCACAUUAGACAAGAUUACAUCAGUACCAAUUAUCAAACGUUAUAAACUGCCAGGACAGAAAAUCACUUUCCUUCAUCAAUAA